AUGCCAGAGCCUGUCAAAAAAGCAGCAUUUGCAAAGAAACCAAAGACACAGGAGGCAGAAGAAGGGUCAAAUGUGGUCUUUGAAGCAGAGACCGAGAAGGCUGACGCUAAAGUAAAAUGGCAGUGCAACUCAAAGGACAUUGCCAGUGGCGACAAAUAUGUAAUGACAGUUGAUGGAAACAAGCACUCGCUCACUGUAAGGGCCGUCACCAAGGAAGAUGCCAAUGUCUAUGCAGUGAUCGCUGGUGGUUCGAAAGUCAAGUUUGAAUUGAGGGUCGUAUCAAAGCCAGAAGCUCCAGCUGAGGCCCCGGCUGAAGGAGCUGGGGAGCCCAAUGCACAGACAGAACAGGCCCCUGCUGCUCAUCCAGAGGCUCCUCCUAAAGAGGAAACCCCUGCCCCAGCGCAAGAUGCUCCCCCAGCAGCGGAAGAUGCGCAUCAGCCAGACACAAGGCAGGACUUGACUGGGCUCUUCACAGAAAGACCUCAGAGUGGGGAAGUCACUGUAGGGGAAAAUAUCACAUUUGUGGCUAAAGUAAAUGCUGAGUCACUGCUGAAGAAACCCACCAUUAAAUGGUUCAAAGGAAAGUGGAUGGACCUUGCCAGCAAGUCGGGAAAACACCUUCAGCUAAAGGAGACGUAUGACCGUAACACCAAGGUGUACACGUUUGAGAUGCAAAUCAUUGCUGCAAAGCCAAACUUUGCCGGAGCUUACAGAUGUGAAGUUUCAUCCAGGGACAAAUUUGACAGCUGCAACUUUGAAUUAGCCGUACAUGAGGCUCGUAUUCAGGAAGGCUUCGACAUCAGAGCAGCUUUCAGGCGCACUAGUACAGAUGGAAAUGAAGAUUCAGGAGAGCUGGACUUCAGUGCCUUACUGAAAAAGAGAGCUGUUCAUGUGAACACUGAGCCUGAUCUGGAUGUCUGGGACAUCCUCAGCCAUGCUCCGGCUACAGAAUACGAAAAGAUUGCUUUCCAGUAUGGCAUCACCGAUCUGAGGGGGAUGCUCAAGAGACUGAAGAAAAUGAAGAAAGACGAAAAGAAAAGUGAAGCUUUCCGCAAGAAGUUGGACCCGGCCUACCAAGUAUCAAAGGGACAUAAGAUAAAACUUGCAGUUGAGGUUGCAAAUGAAGAUGUGGAGGUGAAGUGGCUGAAGAACGGACAAGAGAUCCAAAAGGCUGGAAGGUACAUAUUUGAGAGUGUGGGAAACAUGCGCUACCUGACCAUCAACCACUGCUCCUUGGCGGAUGAUGCAGCGUAUACGUGCGUGAUCGGAGAGGAGAAGUCCACCACUGAGCUCUUUGUCAAAGAGCCUCCUGUGACCGUUGUAAAAAAUCUGGAGGAUCAAAUGGUGAUGAAGGGCGAGCGGGUGGAGUUAGAGUGUGAAGUGUCCGAGGAAGGAGCGAGUGUUAAAUGGGAGAAAGACGGAGUGGAACUGACCAGAGACGAGUCUUUCAAAUAUCGCUUCAAGAAGGACGGCUGCAAGCAUGUGCUGAUCAUAAACGAGGCCACCAAAGAAGACUGUGGCCACUACAAGGUCAAAACCAAUGGCGGCGAGUCCAUGGCCGAGCUCCUGGUGCAGGAGAAAGACCUGGAGGUCUACCAGAGCAUUGCAGACCUCACAGUGAAAGCAAAAGACCAGGCGGUAUUCAAGUGUGAGGUGUCGGAUGAGAACGUGAGAGGAACCUGGUACAAAAAUGGUGUAGAGGUUAAGCCUGACGCAAGAGUAAAUAUCUCCCAUAUUGGCAGAAUCCACAAACUGACCAUUGAUGAAGUGAAACCAGAGGAUGAGGGAGACUACACUUUUGUGCCAGAUGGCCACGCUUUCAACCUUUCUGCAAAACUCAAUUUCUUGGAGGUGAAGAUUGACUAUGUGCCACGCCAAGAUCCUCCAAAGAUCCACCUGGACUGUAUGGGUCGCACUUCUGAUUCGACCAUCGUUGUGGUGGCUGGAAACAAACUGCGUCUGGACGUCCCAAUAACCGGAGAUCCAGCCCCCACGGUGAUCUGGACCAAAGGAGAGAAGGCUAGUUCUGUAAGUCCUGACGGAGAAGAUAAAGGAGGGCACGCAACCUCUUGGACCAUGAAGGAUGGAGAAGUCAUCACUGAAGGAGAUGGGAGGGUCCACGUGGAAACCACCAAGGGCCACUGUAUCUUUACUAUUGAGGGGGCCGAGAGGCAGGACGAGGGAAUCUACUCUGUUGUGGUGCGAAAUCCUGCCGGAGAAGACACUGCCGACAUCAAUGUGAAAGUUGUUGAUGUACCUGACCCUCCCCAGGCUCCAAAAGUCCUCAGUGUUGGGGAGGAUUCCUGCAUUGUUCAGUGGGAACCCCCUAAAUUUGACGGCGGACAACCAAUCGUUGGUUAUGUGCUGGAGAGAAAGAAGCUGAAGAGCUACAGGUGGAUGAGGCUGAACUUUGACCCUUUCACUGGGACUACCUACGAAGCAAAGCGCAUGAUCGAAGGUAUCCCGUACGAGAUGCGGGUCUAUGCUGUCAACGGCAUCGGCAUGUCCCGCCACAGCCCCGCCUCACAGCCAUUCGUGCCAGUCGCCCCAACAAGUGAGCCCAUCGGACUGUGCGUAGACGACAUCAACGACACCUCCAUCACGCUGAAGUGGCGGGCUCCAGAGAGAAUCGGGGCUGCCACGCUUGAGGGUUAUGGGGUUGAGUACUGCAAGGAAGGCACUGAUGAGUGGAUACCAGCUAUGGAGGGUCUGACCGACAGGACAACAAUGACCAUCAAAGAUCUCACCACCGGAGACAGGCUGCAGUUCCGUGUGCGGGCCUACAACACGGCAGGACCCAGCGGUCCCGCCACUCUGGCCCAGCCCGUGACCAUCAGGGAGAUAAUGCAACGCCCUAAAAUCUGGCUCCCCAGAAAUCUCCGCCAGAUUCUCAUGAAGAAAGUUGGAGACACUGUCAACAUUGUGAUUCCAUUCCAGGGUAAACCCAGGCCAAAGGUCAUUUGGAGCAAAGAUGGGGAGCCCCUGAGCCCCACAUUUGCCAGCGUGAGGAACAGCGAAGUAGACACGAUCCUCUUCAUCCGAAAAACAGAGAGAAAGCACUCGGGGCAGUAUGAUCUCCAGGUGCAGAUCGAGAAUGUGGAAGACACAUCAAAAGUCAUACUGCAGAUCGUUGAUCUCCCAGGCCCUCCUACAGCUUUGAAGAUCGUGGAUACGUGGGGUUUUAACGUGGCACUCGAGUGGAAACCACCCAAAGACGACGGUAACUGUGAGAUAACUGGUUACACCAUCCAGAAAGCAGACAAGAAGACCAUGGAGUGGUACACAGUCCACGAUCAGUACAGGCGAACGCACUGCGUGGUGUCCGACCUCAUCAUGGGGAACGAGUACGUCUUCCGGGUCUUUUCCAUUAACCUGGUGGGGCUCAGUCAGGAUCCCUGCACCACAAAGGACAGUGUGUACAUUCAGAAAACAGGAAUCAUGUACAAGUCGCCCACCUACAAGGAGCAUGACUUCUCAGAGCCACCCAAGUUCACCCACCCUUUGGUGAGCCGCUCCAUCAUAGCCGGAUACAGUGCCACGCUCAGCUGUGCGGUGCGAGGAAUACCAAAGCCCAAAGUGACCUGGUACAAAAACAAAAUGGACAUCUCAAACGAAGCCAAGUACCGGAUGCUCAGUAAACAGGGGGUCCUCACACUGGAGAUCCGUAAGCCCUGCCCGUUCGACGGGGGGGUCUACAUGUGCAAAGCCGUCAACGACAGCGGGGAGGACGUGGUGGAGUGUAAACUGGAAGUUCGUCCACAAAUACCGAAAGAAGACAAGAAAGAUGCCAAGAAGUGA